AUUUGUUGAACAUAUAUCCAUCCAUUUUCAUUAUAUAACUUUUACAUAUCUGUGUACACUUGAUUUGAGAUCCAGUAGAAUCAAUCACAUGGAGAAAUCAUCACCGGAAAAGCUUAUACUGGUUACUCACGAAGCCGGCGGGAUUGCGUGUAUCACAAUCAACCGACCUCACUCCCUGAAUUCUCUCACUAAGUCAAUGAUGACCGAUCUUGCUCGGAUUUUCAAGUCUCUGGACGCAGAUGAUUCGGUUCGGGUCAUUAUACUCACCGGAUCGGGUCGAUCGUUCUGCUCCGGUAUUGACCUGACGGCGGCGGAAGACGUGUUUAAGGGUGACUUCAGGGAUAUGGAGACUGAUCCGGUGUUCCAAAUGGAGCGAUGUAGGAAGCCAAUUAUUGGGGCUGUUGCUGGAUUUGCUGUUACUGGCGGUUUUGAGAUUUCUCUCGCUUGUGAUAUCUUGGUUGCCUCCAAAGAUGCUAAAUUUUUGGAUACUCAUGCUAGGUUUGGGAUAUUUCCUUCUUGGGGUCUAUCACAGAAACUAUCUCGAAUUAUUGGACCCAGCCGAGCUCGUGAAGUGUCCUUAACUGCAACACCUAUCAACGCAGAACAGGCUGAGAGAUGGGGCUUGGUAAAUUAUGUUGUUGACAGAAGUGAACUUUUGAACAAAGCUAGGCAAAUUGCAGAAGCCAUCAUCAAGAACAACCAAGACUUGGUUUUGAGGUACAAGGCAGUUAUCAAUGAUGGGUUCAAACAUGACUUGACCCGAGCGCUUGCUCUUGAGAAGGAGAGGGCUCACGAGAAUCUUUAUAUAUUGGAAAAAGAAAUAACUUAUAAAUUGCUCAUUUUCUUCUCAGUGAUCUGAUUUAUAGCCACAAAAACGUGAUGGGUGUUUAAGACCCAAGUUUAAAAGUCUUUUUUCUACUACUCUGUGCAUGGUCUUAAAUUCCAUAAGUUGCACGGUCUUAAAUUCCAUACGAAGUAAAUGGAGAGGUACAAGCCUCUGGCAUGGCCAUUCCCUUGCCCGUAUUCUCAAAUGCAGUAACUUGCCUAAAGUUGAAUAUCUGAGUAGUCUCCAACUUAAGUGAUCCACUUAAAUCUUUAAUAGUUCUUCUUUUAGAUGCGUUGAGGUUCUUUAUGAAGUCAUUUGUUCUUCAUUGUUAACCUGUUCAGCUACUGCCUGUGGUGUCAAAUAUUUAGAAACUAAUGAAUGAACUAGUACAAAUCCUGCAACCACCUUGUUGUCGCAUUACAUGCAAUUUGAAGUUCAGGCAUAACAUAGGUUAUUAGCAAUGUAUGUGGUCUAUUCCACUCAUGUGGGUGCGUUUGU